GAAGGAGUUUGUUGCGGGAAAGAACGCGGAGGACGGCAGGUGCCGUGGACAAUGAUGACCAGAAAAAGUGCAGUUGUGAGAGGCGCCACGCCAAGCGGACAUUUAGCUGUGAGGCAUCCAGGACAAGAUGAGGGUAUACGGAGUCGCCAGAGCGCAGAGCAGCGCAUUGCGAUCGCUCGAGGUUGCAUCGCGUAAUGCUUGCCGCAGAAACUACUCUGUUUCACGCUGGGCCUCGCCUGCUCUUUUGCGCUCUCAGAAUGCCGCCAUCACAGAGAGGACGGAUGCAUGGCAAGCCAGGAGACUGCAGAGCGGCACUGCAGCUGCUGUGCUCGACCACGCCAUGCAGGACCCCAGCUCGCUCUCGCAGUCCGACAUUGUCAACAACCUGAACCCCAAGGAGGCCGCCCGUCUGGACAAGCUGAGAAACAUUGGUAUCGCUGCUCAUAUCGACAGUGGAAAGACGACAGCCACCGAGCGUGUCCUAUACUACACUGGUCGUAUCAAGUCCAUCCACGAAGUCCGUGGCAAGGACUCGGUCGGCGCAAAGAUGGACAGCAUGGACCUGGAACGUGAGAAGGGCAUCACCAUCCAGUCGGCUGCCACCUUCUGUGACUGGGUCAAGGUUGACCGCGAGACUGGCACCGAGGAGAAAUACCACAUCAACUUGAUCGACACUCCCGGCCAUAUCGAUUUCACCAUCGAAGUCGAGCGUGCUCUCCGUGUUCUUGACGGUGCUGUUAUGAUUCUGUGCGCCGUUAGUGGUGUCCAGUCUCAGACCCAGACCGUCGACCGUCAAAUGCGCCGCUACAACGUUCCCCGUAUCUCCUUCAUCAACAAGAUGGACCGUAUGGGUGCCAAUCCCUUCCGUGUUUGCGACAUGAUCAACAAGAAGCUCCGUAUCCCUGCCGCCAUGAUCCAGGUCCCCAUUGGUGCCGAGGAUGAAUUCAAGGGUGUUGUCGACAUUGUCCGUAUGAAGGCCAUCUACAACCAGGGUGAGAAGGGUGUGGAUAUCUUUGAGACUGACGAAAUUCCCGCCGAUGUCAAGGCCGUUGCCGAAGAGAGACGCAAGAUGCUCAUCGAGACUCUUGCCGAUGUCGACGAUGAGAUUGCCGAGAUGUUCCUUGACGAGCAGGAGCCAUCCAUUCCUCAGAUCAAGGCCGCCAUCAGACGUGCUACCAUUUCGCUCAAAUUCUCCCCCGUCAUGAUGGGCUCCGCUCUUGCCGACAAAUCCGUCCAACCCAUGCUCGACGGUGUCUGCGACUACCUACCUAACCCCUCCGAGGUCGAGAAUAUUGCCCUUGACAAGAGACGCAAGGAAGCCCCCGUCAAGAUGGUCUCCUACCAGGAGCUGCCUUUUGUCGGUCUCGCCUUCAAGCUUGAAGAGAGCAACUUCGGUCAACUCACCUACAUCCGUGUCUACCAAGGAACCAUCAGAAAGGGUCAAACUGUCUACAACGCUCGUACCGACAAGAAGGUCAAGAUUCCCAGAAUCGUACGCAUGCACUCCAACGAGAUGGAGGAGGUCAACGAGAUUCACGCUGGUGAAAUCUGUGCCGUCUUCGGUGUUGAAUGUGCCUCUGGUGAUACCUUCACUGACGGUACCCUCGGCUACACCAUGACUUCCAUGUUCGUUCCUGAUGCCGUCAUUUCGCUCUCCAUCAAGCCCAAGCAGACCAAGGAUACCCCCAACUUCAGCAAGGCCAUGUCUCGUUUCCAGCGUGAGGAUCCUACUUUCCGUGUUCACGUCGACACCGAGUCUCAGGAGACCAUCAUUUCCGGUAUGGGUGAGUUGCAUCUCGACAUUUAUGUCGAGCGUAUGCGUCGUGAGUACAACGUCGACUGCAUUGUCGGUCAACCUCAAGUCGCCUACCGCGAGACUAUCCAAUCUCGCGUUCCCUUCGAUCACAUUCUCAAGAAGCAAACCGGUGGUGCUGGUGAUUACGCCCGUGUCGUUGGAUGGAUGGAGCCCACCGGCCAAAUCGCCGACAACCACUUUGAGCAGCAAAUUACUGGUGGAACGAUUAGUGAGAAAUAUCUUCUUGCUUGCGAAAAGGGUUUCUACGCCUCUUGCGACAAGGGACCUCUUCUCGGCCAUCGUGUUCUCGGAGCUAGCAUGGUCAUCAACGACGGUGCCACCCAUAUGACCGAUUCUUCCGAAAUGUCCUUCCGUAACGCUACCCAACAAGCCUUCCGCAAAGCCUUCCUCGCCGCCCAACCCCAAGUCCUCGAACCUCUCAUGAAGACCACAAUCACCGCGCCCAACGAGUUCCAGGGCAACAUUGUUGGUCUGCUGAACAAGCGCAACGCCGUCAUUUCCGAUACCGAGAUUGGCCCUGAGGACUUUACUCUAUAUGCUGAUUGCAGUUUGAACUCCAUGUUUGGCUUCUCUACCCAGUUGAGAGCUGCUACACAGGGUAAGGGAGAGUUCUCGAUGGAGUUUUCUCACUACUCUCCUGCUCCUAUGCAAUUGCAGAAGGAACUUAUCGCCAAGCAUGAGAAAUACCAGGCCGAGAGAAACAAGAAGUAAACUGCGCAAUGGAUCAAUCGAGAGAGGUGGGAUUUGUUUGUAAGAUAUCUUUGGGUGGCUGGGCCAUGUAACACAACAAAAGUCAUGUCUUGGGUUUGAUAGUGGCAUAGUUGAGGCGUGAGAGGAGUGGAUGUUUUAUGAUGUAUAUAUAUUAGUUCUUCAUUGGAAGUUUUCACCUUUAGAAAUAGAAGGGAUAGAAACAACUCUCAACUUUUUACAAAAACUACCGCUGCUCCAGGAAAAGUCUUCAGACUGGAGAUGUGGCCAGAGCCU